AGCUACUUUAGAUAUAGUAGUGCACAGUUCUGGCGGUUCUGCUAAUGCUUCCCUCGCUCUUUCUUUUUCUCUGUUUUGUGCUGCUGAAUUGUGCCGCCGUCAGUGGGUUAGUCAUUCCAUAAAUGAAUCAGGAGGCGUUGCAAUUAAGUUUCAAGAAUUUCCUUAAUUUCUCCUGCUUUGCAGCUAGGCCAAGACAGUUGAGUAUUGAAUCAUUGGUUUCUUUGAGAGUGAGCAUAAUGAGUUCCAAACGACGCCUUUCAAAUUCAUCAAAGAUCGCAUCACCAAUCGUUGAGGACAAGAAGGGUAAGAAGCUGAAAGGGUUGGAAGUAGCAAUCCCUAAUUGUGGAAGCAUUGUUGCUGAGGAAAAUUCUCCGCAAAUUCAAUCAGUUGGAAUUCAAAGUAUCAAGGAUGAUCCUUCAAAAAUUGAGGCAAUGACAGUUCAAGAACUCAGAACAACAUUGAGGAACAUUGGAGCUCCUGCCAAAGGUCGUAAAUCUGACCUUGUCUCUGCUUUAAAGUUUUUUGUGAGCAAGCACUUGGAUGGUGAAAGCUCUCAGGAAGUAGAAGAAUACGUAUCCUCCACUUGUACGGAAAAACUUUCAUUGCAAAAAGGGGCUACUAAUGUAUCUGAUGAAAAACUCAAUACUGUUUCAGAGGAUUUGUGUUUUAAACAGAGUAAGAGAAGGGUGAAACAAUCUGUUGCUGUUGGCACGAAUGAAAGUGUCAAAGUUGAUUCUGAAAUGUCCACAAUAAAAGAGAAGGAUUCAGUUAAGAGAGAAGAGGUCUCAGUAGGGAAGUCUUCCCGGACAAGGAGAAAAAUAUCUUCUGAUAUUGGCAUUGAAUAUGUUAAAACCGAUAAUCUAGUUACCAUGCCUCCAGCUGAACCCUGGACAAUUCUUGCCCACAAGAAGCCGCAGAAAGGUUGGAUUCCAUAUAAUCCUGGAACCAUGAGGCCCCCGCCUCCCGCUGGGGACACAAAGUUUGUGAAGCUAAUGUCUUGGAAUGUCAAUGGGUUAAGAGCAUUAUUAAAGUCAGAGGGAUUUUCUGCCCUUGAACUUGCCCAAAGAGAAAAUUUUGACGUGCUGUGCUUCCAAGAAACCAAACUGCAGGAGAAGGAUGUGGAGUCUAUCAAGCACUGUCUGAUAGAUGGGUAUGACAGUAGCUUCUGGACAUGUAGCCGUUCCAAACUUGGUUAUUCAGGCACUGCAAUUAUCUCUCGGAUAAAGCCAAUUUCAGUAAGCUAUGGUCUAGGCAUACCAGAUCAUGAUAGUGAGGGAAGACUUGUGACAGCAGAGUUUGAUUCAUUCUAUUUAAUAAGCGCAUAUGUCCCAAACUCUGGAGAUGGAUUGAAAAGACUGGUAAUAGAUUCAUACAGAAUUGGAGAAUGGGAUCUGUCUCUUAGCAACUACUUGAAAGAGCUGGAAAAGUCAAAGCCUGUCAUUUUGACUGGAGAUUUGAAUUGUGCACAUCAAGAGAUAGAUAUUUACAACCCUGCUGGAAAUAGAAGAAGUGCUGGAUUUACAGAUGAAGAAAGGCAAUCAUUUGGGACAAACUUUUUGUCAAGGGGAUUUGUGGAUACUUUCAGAAAACAACAUCCAAAUGUUAUAGGCUAUACUUACUGGGGUUAUCGACAUGGCGGGCGCAAAACCAAUAAAGGUUGGCGGCUCGACUACUUCCUUGUCUCAGAAUCAAUAGCUGACAAGGUUCAUGACUCGUACAUUGUGCCUGAUGUUAAUGGAAGUGAUCAUUGUCCAAUUGGGCUAAUACUCAAGCUAUAGUUUUUCGCAGCCUGUAAAGGCAGAGCGAUGCAUACGUACCACAGGAAACAGUUCGUCGAAAUGAUCGUACCGACAUGGUAAUGCAGGUUGAUGGUAGAGUAAUUUUUAAAACAUGAAGCAGAUGGGAAAAAAAAAAAUGAAAUGCCAUUUGCAGUUCUGACUUCUGAGAUUAGGCUGGGAGAUGCUUAAUUAGAUCUUGAUGGGGUACUUCAGGAAAUACCUAUGCUCAUAAAAGUUUUCUGUAAAUAUUGAAUGUCCAAUCUUAUCUUAUUAAAUUGUUAACCAGCAACCGCAAAUAGUGAAAAGGUCUAGGGUGCAAGUAGUUUAAUGGUCAAGUGCUUACCUUAGAGAGCUGGAAGAAAAGAAAUUUAAAGCAAGGUAAGUCUGCUUGUUUCAUGUUAAUGGAUAUCAUUAUCCUUGCCUUUCAAGCAAGGUAAGCUAGAAAUCAUAUCCAUAUAUCCAUCCAACCUAAAUGCACCCGUGUAUAUAUAUAUAUAUAUAUAGAUGCUUUAUUUAGUUCA